AUGGACUUUAAAUUUGUAAUAUUUUUAUUUCAAAUGGCUGCAGUCACUAAAACACACAUGUUUAGAAUAACAAACAACUGCCCAUUUACUGUAUGGCCAGGCAUACAAGGCAACCCGGGACACGAACAUCUCGAAAAUGGCGGAUUUUCAUUGGGCCCUUACAGGACCCAUUUAGUUAUCUCGUCUCGAAAUUGGACGGGCAGGAUUUGGGGCAGGACCAAAUGCAACAGUAAAGGAAAAUGCGAAACGGGCGAUUGUGGGAACAAGAUUCAAUGCAAUGGGACUAUGGGCGUGCCACCCUUGUCCCUAGCUGAGUUAGAAUUCUCCAAGAUCGACGAAGUAGACUUCUACCACGUGUCGUUGGUGGACGGCUUCAACUUGCCGAUCAGGAUUAGGCCUGACCCGUUUUCAGCGUCCAUAAUAAACGACACCAACUGCCAGCCAGCCGACUGUGUGGCCAACUUGAACAGAGGGUGUCCGGCCAAACUGGCUGUGAAGGCGGCCGAUGGCGGCUCCAGCGUGGCUUGCAAGAGCGCCUGUACGCUGUUCAACACGAAGUCCGACUGCUGCCAAGGUGUGUACACCACCCCAAAGACCUGUAAGAGAAGCUCGUGGCCCAAAAACUAUCCGGCAUACUUCAAGUCAGCCUGUCCGUACGCCUACAGUUACCCAUUCGACGACACGUCCAGCACGCAUUCGUGUCAAGGCAAUGCGUUAACCAAGUACCACGUUUUAUUUUGCCCUUAA